UUACAGUGAUAUCUUUUAAAAUGUUAAGGUCUUUUUGCACAGAAAGAGUGGAACCUUAAAGAUUAAUUGAUUUGAUUGAUUUUUGAAACUGAUCAAAUAAUUGAUCGAUUUAUUCAUUGAUUGAUUGAUUUUGUCCAGAGGAUUGUUCCAGCUGAAAGAAGAGGGUUGGGCGGAGAUGAAAUUUCUUCUUGUUGUGUUUUGGUUUGGUUUGGUUGGAACUGAGGAGGAUACGUUCCCCAGAACUCAAGUAAUUUCAACCAGGAAAGGGAAGGUCCAGGGUCGGACUAUAUCUCUGGUAGGAGGAGAAUAUAAACUAGAUCCUGUAGAUGUGUACUUAGGUAUUCCCUACGCUCUACCACCUACUGGAUUGUGGAGGUUUAGUCCAACUCAAGAUCUCCCUCCCUGGCCUGGAAUUCUUCAAGCAACUUCUCCUGGUCCAUCCUGUCCACAGCGCUUCCCUAGGACUGAAAACCAGACUGAAGCUGAACACUACUUUACAGCUGGGUAUAUUGAGUACAUAAACAAUGUCAGGUCUUCAAGUUUAUCUAUGUCUGAGGAUUGUCUUUACUUGAGUAUAUUCUCCCCAACUAUACAAGGUAACAACAGGAGUAUAUUCUCCCCAACUAUACAAG